CCAGCAGCUACAACAGUCCGUGGCAAUGGACUACCAUUACCGCCAGCGGGGAAUGACAUUAUGGGGCUCGUAAAGAGCCCGCUGUUGCUGGAUCGCAAUCACAGACAGCUCCUCAGAGUCAACAGCACCAACAUGGAAGCAGCAGUAACACCAACAAUAAUCAAAACAACAAUCAGCAACAGACGAUGAACCAAUCCCAACAGCAACAGCAGCAGCAGCAGCUUGCUCAGGCUCAAUUCCAGGCCUUUGGGAACAGUUUGUCGAAUUUGCAGCAACAACAUCAACAGCAACAGCAGCAGCAGCAACAACAUCAGCAACACUCAUCCAUCCAUCAUCAGCAACAUCUCCAGCAACAGCAGCAAACGGCUCAACAGCAACAGUCCUUGACGGCGGUAGCGGCGGCAGCUGUGGCUGCUGCUAAUUCUGGUCACCAUCACCACCAGCAACAGCAACAGCAGCAGCAACAGCAGCAACAACAACAGCAGCAGCAGCAAUCUCAACAACAACAACAACAGAACCAUCACAAUGUUCCUUCCCACCAUCAUACGCACCACCAUCUGGCGGCGCAAAAUAGUAUGAUGGCGGCAGCCGCGGCUGCGGCGGCAUCCCAGCGGAAUCCGUUCGGGUUCGAUUUUAGUCAUUUCCAAAAUUCCUACUAGGAUUCCAAUAUGGCGCCGAAAUAAUGCAGGUAAUUUAGAACUAGUUUGUUGCACUGAAGUUUAGCUGGCCUGUGUCUGAAAAAGUAUCGCUUUGCUGUCGUAAAGCUGCGGAUAUCGAAACAAAUGGCGUAAGAGUACGGUGCCAAGCGUCGAUUGCCAGAAUUUGUGCUUGCCUCUGGAAGCAACAAUUUUCCAAUUAAAUCUAAAAUUGCUGCUAAUAAAUUCCAACCAACUCAAUGGAACCCAACUAAAGCGGUUCUUCGAACUCAGGCAAGCAUUCCUCGGCGCUUGCUGGGCGCCCCCCGUCCCUUCAGAUCCCUCGAAAACAAAGCCAAUAAUCUUUUUCUAGUUUGGUUGGAACCCGAAAACCAUUUCGGUCGACAUGUACAACAGAUUUUAGAGUUUCCGUCUCUUCUAGAAAUAUCGAUUUUCUGUCAUAUGACUUUAAUAGCCACCCGCUUUCCGUGUUUUCCUCCUGCGGCUGCCGUUCGCGUCUCGUCAUUGUAUCGUCGUGCUACCCAGUUUUUGUGAGGCACAUUUUCCUCGCCGGUUCGCCGUUGCUCCCCGCUACGGGCCUGUUUUAUAUUGUGUUGGAAGUAAUAAAACUAAGAAAUAUCGUAUCGAAAUAUGAAAAGAAGGCACACACUGUGGCGGACAGAGUCGAAAAGACGUGCGCGCGCACCCACCCUGUGCCAAGAGGAAACCGAACUCACACACAUCUCAACUGCCAACCCGCUGGUGCUGGUUCUGCCGUGUUGUUUGUGUUCUUCUCGAUGUAUUCGCGAGUCAAUACGCAGAACUCAAGGGGGUGGAAGGCCUCCGAAUUCUUCCGUCGUUCGCGCGCCACCUGUGUAUGGGAGGCCGUUCGAGAGCAGUGGUAGUAGAUGAAAGCACUUUUCCCACGACCUGAACAAACCCAGGUUAGAACUCGAGAAAUAACAACAGAUGGGCUGUAAAGGCAGAUGAUAUCGAAUUCGUCCCGGGUCGGGUGUGCACGCAUACGCACGCACGUACGCACAACCCACAGGGCUCUCGGAAUGGCAGCAUCCGAACGACGACCGUGUGGGAAAUGCACUCAAAUACAUCUACCUCUCAAGAAGUGCUGCUACUGCUACUGGUACUGCUGCUGCUUUGGAAACGGGGCACACGCAUCGAGCGAGACCCGCUGGAGCAAGUCUUCAUCAAAUAUGUGUAAAUAAUGCGAACUACAACUACAACGAAACUCUGCGACAAGAAGCGGAGAUGCAACCGCCAACUUGCGCUGCUAUGCACACCAGGGAAGCGAGUUCACACAAGAGCCUUUUGGAUGGUGCAUCCAUUUCCGGAAAAGUGCACUUAGCCACCUACUCCCGCCUCCCCGCUGCGUUGGGUGGCACUUUUUGGGUGGCUUCAUCAUCACACACGGCCACGGGCGACGGUUUUAAUGGUAAACAUAAUAUAUUGCAAGUAAAUAUUGCUCAAAAUCGCACACUACACAUCCUGAAACGUUGUUCCGGUCGAGAUCGAAAUCGCAUUUCUACAUAUUCCCCCAUCCGUUUCCCCCUACCUGCCUGCCUGGUGGACCCUUGCAAAUACCACUCAGCGAGUUUCAACCCGGUUAGCCCAUAGGAUCCACGAUGUGAUGUGUUACUUUUAAUUCGUUCGAUCCAGAGCCGCUGUGGAGCGAAUUGGCUAUAACAGACGGAAAGGCACACCAAAAUCCAACGAUUCAACCCUGGCGAAAACAUGCGCUCUCUGCAAGACAUUAGGCCUAGACCACAGAAACUAACCACCACCGUCAUGAUCAGCAACGGGGCACACAUCAACCCCACCGCACCACGUGACCACCCCGUGGGCCGGACAUCUUCCUCGGAAAAUCAAACAUUGAAUAAUUAAUUCAAAUUUGAUGUUACUGUCGAAUUGAAUACACGUUUCAGCGCCAUAUCCUAUAGUGACGACCUGACGCAGGCUCUGAUCAAAUUCCCGCAUAAUCAGAGAGAAGCGCCUGUGUACAGGUGAUCCUCCCUACCUGUGCCAGUCAUCCUUUCGCCAAACGCAAUCAACCCUUGCAAGACUAUUCGCAUUUCGCAUCCAGCGGACUUGUUUGGCCGCAUCAAACGCAGUGUCCGUCCAGAAGGCCAAGAGCAGCAGCAGCGCAGUGCUUUUCAUUUACGGGGAAACAAAUUCAAAUUAAAAACAAAGAAUAGCACGAAACGAGCGGCAUCGCGGCGCGACGGCACUGCAGAAAACGACGAUAGGUGACCCUCGGCCGACACACGACACCGUCAUAUCCACCGGGUUUUCGACACGAGCCGCGCUGCUAUAUGCAAAUCCUCAUGUCAACCUGAUAAUCGACAAGCGAAGCGCAAAUUAAAAUUAAAAUUGCGCUGCUCGAAAACUUGACGAUUCGAUGCGAAUCGCGAAAGACGGCGACGACGGUGGGCCGCAGUCGUCUGCCCGCCGCCCGCUUGCGUGUCCAUGAACGACUGACUGUUUGGGGUGCACACGUAGGUAGGUGCACAUACAUUCGUUUUUUUUUUUAAAUUUUAGACCGACCUAAUGACUCCAAAAAGCAAAAAAAGACGGAAAUACGUGCGGUCGGUUGCUAGCUGGCCGCGGCGCGGCUGGCGGAUAUGUUUAACCCGAUCUCUCAUUAGAAUCACUGUACCGUGAAGAAUCGGAUAGGUUUUGUCACUUCAAAUCCAAACCGAACGAACCGGUAAGCAGGUUGCUACACUACACUCCUCUGCCGAUGCAUCGGCGUGAAAUUAUGUUAGAUGAAAUUUGAAAUGCACGAAACUGGCCUGUUAUUUCCUCGUUCUAGGAGGACCUAGGACCUACAUAUCGAAUGGUGGGUUAGUUGGGUUGGGGCUUGUAUUGCGAUUUUGAAGUUUUAGUGAAAUAUAACAGCCUUACCACCGUGAGUGGCAACUUGGAAAUAUCUGAAACUAGAAUAUUAGAAUAAUUUUAGGGCUAGUUCCAAUUGCAAAAAUACGACUUAAAAUAUGUUUUAGUAUUUUGAAGGAAACUAAUCAAGGUUUCCCACCCGAGCAGUUCAACAGUUUUAAAUCACACAAUCCAAAAGGCCAACUCACAAUACUGCUAGAAAUAAUGUUAUCGCCGAACCUUAAAGCUUAAAUCACGCGAUUGUUUUGCAAACUACGUGCGCUGUGGCACGGACAUCACUAUUGGAACAACAUUCGAUCAUUUGGAGUUUUCCAUUUUUUCGUUGAAAAUUUUGUGGACAUCCAUUUUUCAAAUGGUAUUAUUCCUGGAUUGCCUUAUAAAGUUUGCUUACAUUUCCGUACAAAAAUAUUGGUUUUUCGAUGCUUGGUUCAUGAGAUAUGAGUUGCUGAUUCUCGCAGUAAUACUCGGUGAAACGGGGCCACAAUUGACAAGUCUUUAACGACAAGGUCGUCAAAGUCCAUUUAUGGCAGUCAGCAUGGCACCGAAUAUCACCCUUCGUUUCCCUUCUUCAGUGUACCAACAUGCUACCAUAGACU